AUAAAUCCAACAUGCAAAUUAUUGAAUGACUGAUUCUUUGGUUUUAUUAUUUUAUUCGUGAUUUUAUUAACCCGUGUCGAACAUGAUUUGUGGAACGGAACGUGGUGUAGUAUUUUGGACAAGUCGUAACAAGUCGCCGCAAUAUUUGAAUUUUAAUGAGUUUGGACGCUUGUAAACAAUCAAAACAAUUGAAAUUCUGUGAAAGUUUUCAUGUAGUUUUGAAACAUCUUCAUGGAUGUCCCAAUUUGUUUCACUCAACACUUUGUGGAUAAACAGAAUGUGAGAUCUUAUGGAAAUAUUUUAAAGAAAAGUCUCCUGAAGGAGGAAAAUGAAACACAGUUCCUGAGAAAUAUUUUUGAAGAUGAAAAUUUGGUGAGUGGAUUGCGCCCUAACUUGCUACAACAUCUAAGGAUUUUAAGAGAAAAUGUCCAAAAAUAUUCAAAGCAGGACUUUAGAAAUUACUUUCCAGAAAAUGGAUUUACUGGAGAUAGUAAAGAAAGUAAAGAAUUAAACUCUCUGAAUAAAAGUGAAAUCUUCUCAAAAUGCUGGCUUGCCUUGUAUGAUAUUAUACCAAAGGAGCUCUAUGGAAAUGGGCACAAUGAAAAUGUAUUCAAGAAGUUUGUACAAAUUAUUGUACUACAUGGCAUGAAACGCCAACAUAUUUUAUUAAGUAAAAUACUUUUAAAAUGGGAUUUUUCACCGAAUGUGUGGCAUCAGCUAGACAGAACAGUCUCUCAGAAAAUUCUAUACCAUAUUCUUAUGUGGAUAAUUCGAAAUUUAUUGUCUCCAAUGAUAUGCUUGAAUUUUUACGUUACAACUUGUAAAUUAGAUGCAGAUGAAAACAAGCUGCACUUCUUUUGGAAGAACCAAUGGCAGAGUUUUUACGAUAAAACUAUCCAUAAGAUGAUUUGCCGAAGCGUUAUAAAGAUAUCCCCUCCAUAUUGUAUGGGAAGAAAAUAUAAACAACACCAUAGUCAUUCAAACAAAAUUAAACUUAAGAUGUUAAUGAAGGAAAUACCUAAGCUGCAUCUAGUCUUGAAAGCAAAUCAUGAUUGCAGGCCAAUAGUUCGAUAUAAAAAUGAUUCUCUAACUCCUGCAGAUAAGAACAGAAUAAAAGAACGGUUGAAUUUUCUGAGAAAGUUGACAGGUAGAUCUCAUAAGAAGACUGAAAGCCAAUUCAGUGUAUUAUAUUCCAAUUGGCUAAAAUUAAAUCGCCCAAAAUUAUACUUUAUCAGAACAGAUCUAAGUAAUGCUUUUGGCUGUGUGAAUAAAGAAAAACUUAUAACAAUACUACACGAGAGGUUUCGGAAACUGAAAGAAGAGGCUGGUGUCUCUGAAAAGAUGUUACAUCAAUUUAAAGAUAUGAUUUCUGAGCUUCGGAGGCCUCUACUAAUACGGGCUGGUUCUACCGUUUAUGAAUGGAAGAAGGGACUGGUACAGGGAUACAAAUAUUCACCAGCACUAUCAGAAUUAUAUUAUAAUCAUUUGGAUGAACAAUAUUUUGAAAAUUUUAUAAAAAUGACUGAAAACAACAUAAAACUAUUUGUCAGAGUUGUAGAUGAUUAUCUGUAUGUCACAGAUUCAUUAGAAGAUGCUGAAAUGUUUUUAAAAGCGUUAUCAAACUAUGAUAAUGUGAACUAUGAGAAGACUGUUGUAAACUUUUCCCACCCAACGAUUAAAUAUAGCGAAGAAAUUACUUUUUUGGGUUACUGCUAUAACACUGUUAUGCUGCAUGUUAGCAGAGCACAAAAUGUAUUAACCGGUCAAAUGUGUUAUAAAAUAACAUUUAAUAGUUCAAUAGAUAAUAUUUACAAGUUUUUAGAAACACGUAUCGGACAGUCAAGUCAGAUCAGUGGCCAUAUUUUCAAUUUUAUUCACAACUCUGAGGAAAUUGUUUGGGGGCAUAUAUUUAGCACAUUUUUUUUAUCAGCGAAUAAAUUUUGUACAAUAUUAGCCAUGCUUUGCGAUGAGUGUGAAAUGAGGGAUCUCUUGAAGUUGUACAAAAGGAAAGUUACUGUAAGACUUACUAACACUAUUUUGGAAGUGCUGAUGAAGAAUAAGCCUAAGGAUUAUACGUUUAUGUAUUGCAUAAACCAUUUUCGGUAUAUUUCUUGGUUGGCGUUGAGUUUGUGUGCGAAAUUGACCCCUAAAUGUUUGAAGCUAGUGCCGUUUAUCAAAGAUGAACUGGCGAAAUCGAAUUGUUUGUUUGGGAAGUGGAGGGAUCAUGCAAGCAGGAUCGAUAUUGAUGGAAACAUCUUGCGACAGGCUGUGAAAGUAGUAUGCAGAAGGACAGACUUGAGAGCCAUAGUCAAAAAGUUUGAUACUCUACCAGAAGGGUUCCAGUGUUACCACCAUAAAUUACUUUUAAAAAGCAAUUAACUUAUUUUGUUACUGUUAUAAAAAUAAAAACCAGAUUUUACAUAA